CUGGUCCUUACCACUUCGAUCCUACCGAUGACUGCCCCAAAUAAUACAAUAUACAUAAAAAACCUUAAUGAUGGAAUCAAUAAACAGGAGCUCCGAUCACAACUAUAUGCUCUUUUCCUCCCUUACGGUCAGGUCCUCGAUGUCAUUGCUCUCAAAACACCAAAAAUGAGGGGUCAAGCCUUUGUCGUAUUCUCAGAUCUAGUAUCUGCCACCUCUGCUCUUCGUGCAUGGGAUGGGGAAUUAUUCUAUGACAAACCAAUGCGGAUAGAAUUUGCGAAAACCAAGUCUUGGGCUACGUUAAAAAUGGAGGAUCCCAAUUUUGUACCUGGUAUUGGAACUACCAAUGUCCCCGCUCCUCCCAAAGGCGAGAAAAGGCCACGAGAAGCAGAUGACACAGACGAGAAGACAGCCAAGAAGGAAAAAAGGGCCCAAGAACCUGCUGAGGAAGAAAUGGAGAUCGAGGACGACGACUAG